GGAUCUCAAGUCGUCACUCGUAUUGUAGCGCUGAUGAAGUGCGUACGGGUUCUUGUCAGUUGUGCGGGCAUUAGAAAGUGUUGAGUGCGUAAAAUCGGUCCGUUAAAAAAGAAACAGAGACUCUUUGCCAACCAUGGGUGGAUACGCCUGGGUCACAUUAGCUACCAACGACGCCUAUUGUUUGGGGGCCUUAGUUUUGGCACACUCUCUACGCCGAGUUGGUACCAAAUAUGAAUUGGCUGUGUUGAUCACUCCUGGAGUAACGCAAACGAUGAGGGAGAAACUAUCAACAGUUUUUUCUGUUGUAAUGGAAGUAAAUGUACUCGAUUCGAAAGACGAAGCUAAUUUGGCACUGCUCGCUAGGCCGGAAUUGGGUAUCACGUUUACGAAACUGCAUUGCUGGAGAUUGACUCAAUACGAUAAAUGUGUCUUCCUCGACGCGGACACGCUCGUCGUGAGAAAUUGCGACGAGUUAUUUGAGAGAGAAGAAUUGUCUGCUGCUCCCGACGUUGGUUGGCCCGAUUGUUUCAAUUCCGGUGUAUUUGUAUACAAACCGUCCCAACAAACUUUCGCUUCCAUCACCGCGUUCGCAGCCGCCAAAGGUUCGUUCGACGGCGGCGAUCAGGGUCUACUGAACAUGUAUUUUAGCGACUGGGCCACAAAAGAUAUUUCUAACCACCUUCCAUUUAUCUAUAACAUGUGUUCUACCGCUACGUACUCUUAUCUUCCUGCAUUCAAACAGUUUGGAGAUGACGUUAGAAUAAUACACUUUAUCGGUAUUACAAAACCGUGGUUACAGUAUUUUGACACUUUAACUGGUAUUGUUCAACCACCACCGGGUUCUACGCACUUGCAACCGCUAUUGCAAUUAUGGUGGAACAUAUUUUGUGAAAGUGUCCAUUCACAGUUAUCACCAGUUAUGGCUACCAGCACAUUGGCACCAAUUUGGCACGAAUUUACUCCUGUACCUUUUCAACAUCCUACUCCACUACGAAGCUCCACUUACACAGACACAACAGACAGAACACAAAAUGAUAUUUAUGUACAACCAGAUUUCUCCGAGUUUCAAGAUCCGUGGGAGAAUUAUCUCACACGAAACAAUUCAAUUAUUCACGAAACAGAAGACAACGUAACACAACAGUAUUAUUCCACAACCAAUACUUGUUCACCUGCGCCUACAUUCGUUAAUCAAACUCAUUACGAACCACCAACGGAACAUGGUAGAACACAUUAUCAGCAACAGUACAUCGAACCCUUGCACAUUCAACAUAAUCACAAUCAAGAACAAAUUUCUGAUUACGUUAAUAAUGAAACUGAACAACAACAUUCGUAUUUUCAUCCUAGCGACACGUCCGUAUCAAAUGCUCGACACACUUGGCAUAAUCGACCUAGUGUACCUGUAUAUAAUGUACAAAAUCAUCAUUCCAACGAAUCUCAACAUCAGCAUGUUGAUCACCAUCAUCAGUACAUCUCACCGAUGAGCCAUUACGAUAAUAAUAAUACAUUAUCAUCGGAAGAAACAAGAGAACACAAGCAUGUCGACUACCAAUCUGUUUAUCAACAAAAUUCCUUUAAUAACAACGAAUCACCGUCGGAAGAAGUGAUAAAGCGACAGCAACAUAAUGAACAUUAUGUUGAUUGUAAUCAUUAUAAAACGAGUAAUAGUGAGCAGUUUAAUCAUCAUUAUAAAAAAGAGAAUAACGAGUCUGUAAAUAUUAAAACAGAUCACGAUCGGCCUGUGGAUGAUAAUAACAUAGCUCAUAAAAAUGAUCAUUUGACUGAGCGGAAGGCUGUACGAAAUAAGAAUGUAAACUUCACAGACGAACGGACAAAAACAUCAGUAUCUUUUAGUCCUAUUCCUAAUUCCAAACCCUGUACAGAUAUCCACAAAGUAGCAACGCAAUCUGACCUACACGUAAUGGAUGAUCUAAGUAAUUCAAAUGGUGGUCUCGCCGGUGCCUUGGCUCAAAUGACGCUGGGCGAACCCAGAAGCGCCGAACAAAUUGCAUUAGAAGAACAUAUGCGAAAACAGAGCUGGGAACAAGGUCAUAUCGAUUAUAUGGGCCGCGACAGCUUCGACAACAUUUGGAAAAAAAUUUGCGAAACCCUCGCUCUUGCACCAUCGCGAUUGCCGUCUCCACCUAAAGAAACAGAGAAGCCCGCGAAAACCGCAACUGACAAGACUGAUUCUAUUAAAGAUGACUCGAUUAUAUCUUCUGACACUACGCAAUCUAUCGAAUCUGUAGAUGAAGCGGAUAAAGGAGCCGGCGCUGAGGCAACACCCGAUAGUGAAGAACAAUCUCUAGUUAACAAUGUUCCUAUAACAAGCGUACCUAAAUUAUCAGAGACGAAUGAACAAGUUAAGGAUACCAUAUCUUCUGUGAAAGAAAGUGAAGAUGAUAUUACCGAAAAAAUUUCAGUAGAACCUGGAAACGAAACGCUUGAUGCAAAUAUUUCGAUGCAAACAUCUAAUAAACAAAUUUUAGAACUUGAUGCAUGUUUGCCAUUAAAAGAAACCCCGCAGCAAACAACUGCUCCUAUAGUAUCAUCUGAUCCAAUCCAACCUGUUUCAAUUGGAGAGCAAGAAACAAUUACUGAAACAAGACAACUGGAGAGUGACGUAAAAGACGUAGGUGAUCUUAAGACUACCUACGUAGUAGAUACCGAGCAAACGAAACAAGCGAACAUUAAAGAUGAAAUACACUCGAAAGAACUGUGCCCAAAAGAAUCAACUGCCUCACAAAUUCUAACUGUUAGUCCCGUCCCGAUACAAGUUGCAGAGUCUGUACUUCAAGUGGAACCAAAAGAAUCCAUGCCGGAUUCUCGAGUAACACCGCAGGAAGCGGCUCUUUUUUCGACAAUAACGUCUGUCCUCUCGGUAGAAACAGAGGAUAAAACGUGUUCAGCACCAUCGACGACUGACCCGGCGCAAAGCGAAGAAACAUUCAGUUCGAAUAAAACCGCAACUGCAGAAAAUAUCGAUACUGCCACUAAAUCAAGCGAACCAUUAACGGAAUCGAAAGAAACUUUGCAAAACAUUUCAUUAUCCGUAGGACAAAUUCAACCUCAACUUUCGGAAACGCCUAUGUCAUUUUCAGGAGAUAUAAAAACACCAGAGGAAUCAAUGCAAAAAGAAGGAAUCGAAACGGAAGUAGAAGGGAGUGAAGCAGUGAGUGGAACUGGAACUGCAAUGGAAGACGAGAAAACUAAAACUUUAUCAGCCGGUAAAGCUCCGGUUAGACCCUCGAGGUCGAAGGAAGUGCCUUCGCCGAGUGUAUCGAAAACUGCACAGCAAGAUGUAAAGAGUGAAGAUAAAGCAGUGAAGAAGCCUGUUAAAAAACCAGCAGGAAAAUCGAUGCCGGCUGAGGAGUCUGCGGAAGCAGCUGAAGGUGAUGGCUUCGAUAAAAAAACAGAAAAGAAGGUAAUGAAAAAGGUGGUGAAGAAAACAAAGUCAAAAUCAGAGGAAGGUCUGGAUGAUGGUGCCGAUGACAAUAAUUCUGGUAGUAAGCAAAAGAAGACUGUGAAAGUUGUUAAGAAAAGUACGAAACCUUCGCAAUCUUCUAGUAUUGAGACAAGUGUUCCUGAAACUCCAUCGUCUAGUACUUCCGAUGCAGCACCAGUUCCGCCUAAACGAAAAACAAAACCUGUAACCUCCAAGUCAAUUGGUAAAAAAUCUGAUACUCAGUAACUACGGUUAUUGAAGAUGACAAUAAUUUUUUAAAUAAUUCACCAAUGUGAAAGUCUUAAAAUUACGUGGAUGAAAAGUGAUACUCACUAGUCCUUCCUAAUUUUUUAUAUUUUAUAUUAACAGUUCCACAAAUAAGUAUCACUCACAGAUUUGUUGUUUACUCUGGUUUUUUUGUUUCUGUUAGAUAAUAUAUUCCAACAUAAUGUUUUGCUUCAUAAUUUAUACAUUAUUUUAACUUUGUGUCAGUACUAAAUAAAGCUUUUUUAUAUUAUAUAUCCAACCUGUUUUUGCAUAAAUUGGAAUGAAACUCAUACCUUCCAGGUAUAAUCUUCUGUAAUUAAUGGUAUAAUUAAUAUAUUAUUUUAAUACAUGUCUCGACUAAUUUCUUUUUUUUACUCAUGUAUAAGCUUCAAUGUAUUUAGUAGCACACAUGUGAGUAGCUGUGAUUGAAUAACUUUAAAAAAAUAAUAUAUACAACAUGCAUAUAUACAUAUAUUUAACAAAAGUGCAGAACAAUAUCUUCAGUUCAGGAAGAAAUGUAAUCACAAAUAUGGGUUAUAAAAAAUAUACAUUUAUAUAUUUUAUAUGUAUCAAUUUGUAUCUUUGUAUACUUAUAUCGCUGUACACACAAUCCUACAACAGUCUGCAAUCAUACUAUAAUAAAUCACACGAGUUUUAAUUUUGAAAACUGUCAGACAUAUAUGGUUUGAAUACAUUCUUUAAGAUCAAAAUUA